AUGGCAACCAUACUUGAUCCUAUUGUUGGAUCAUGUGCCAAGAAGUUGCAAGAUAUAAUAACAGAGAAGGCUGUUGUGAUUCUAGGGGUAAAAGAAGAGCUCAGACAAAUGCAGAGAAGAAUGAAACACCUACAAUGCUUCCUUGAUGACGCUGAGCAACGAAGGACAGAAGAGUCUGCAGUUUACAACUGGCUUGGAGAUCUGAAAGAUGCAAUGUAUGAAGCCGAUGAUAUAAUAGAUUUGGCUAGAUUAGAAGGAAUCAAACUGCUAGCAGACCGUCCAUCAUCAUCUAAAAACAUUGCUUCAUGUACAGGCUUCUCAUUUCUAUCUUGCAUUCCUAAUAUUCAAAGACGUCAUGCAAUUGCCGUUCGAAUAAAAAAUUUCAAUGUUGAACUUGAGAAGAUUUCAAAACUGGGUGAAAGAUUUUUGAUGCUGAAGAAUAUGCAACCUAAAGAAGAGAAUUCAGUAGUGAGGCAGGUGAAAACUUGUGAGCUUGUGGAGCCUAACCUCGUGGGAAAGGAAACUUUUGUUGCUUGCACAAGAUUGGUGGAACUGAUUCUAGCACAUAAAGAAAAUAAGUCAUACAAGAUUGGCAUUGUUGGAACAGGAGGUGUUGGAAAAACAACUUUGGCCCAAAUAGUAUACAACCACCAAAAAAUAAAAGGCACUUUUAGCAUGCAAGUGUGGAUUUGUGUUUCUAAAGAGUACUCUGAAGACACUCUUUUGAAAGAGGUUCUUCGAAAUAUUGGUGUAGACUAUAAGCAAGAUGAAACUGUUGGAGAACUUAGUAUAAAGCUUGCGACAGCAGUUCAAAAUAGAAGUGUAUUUAUUGUGCUAGAUGACAUAUGGAAACAUGCUGCAUGGACUAAUCUACUAAGAACUCCAUUAAACACUUCAUCUACAACAAUAGUUCUUGUGACUACACGUAAUGAUAUUGUGGCACCAGCAAUUGGUGUGCAGGAUGUUCAUCGAGUAGAAUUGAUGUCUAGUGACACAGGAUGGGAGUUGCUGUGGAAAAGUAUGAACAUUAAUGAAGAGACUGAAGUGGCAAACCUAAGGGGUCUGGGGAAUGAGAUUAUCCGUAUGUGUGGUGGCCUUCCCCUUGCAAUCAAGGUUACUGCUAGUGUUCUAGCAACCAAAGAGAAAACUGAGAACCAGUGGAGAAAACUUAUAAACAGAAGUGCUUGGUCCAUGAGCAAAGUUCCCAUUGAGCUAAGGAGGGCAUUGUAUUUGAGUUAUGACGACCUUCCAGGGCAUUUGAAGCAAUGCUUUCUAUUUUGUUCAUUAUAUCCAGAAGAUAGUAACAUGCAUCGUGAUGAUCUUAUAAAGUUUUGGGUUGCUGAAGGUUUUGUACAGGAGCAAGGCGAGCAACUUCUUGAGGAUAUAGCUGAUGAAUAUUACAAUGAAUUGAUAUACAGGAAUCUCCUUCAUCCAGACCCCCGAUAUGCUGACUAA